AUGGAGAUCAAAACUGUUCAAGCGCAGAUUGGAUACCAAUUUGCUCUCCCUGACCGUCUCCGUGUGGCUCUUACAGCAGCCCAUCGGAGCGAUAUAGAUGGAACCUCGGAUGAUGGUAACAGGGGACUAGCCAAGCUGGGAAUGUGUGCGGUGGACAUGAUUGAGACAUAUCGGACUAUCGUUAUGAAGAAUGGAACUAGCAAGGACGCCAACAUCCAAAAUCACUGGUUCAAAAACAAACGGAAACGAGCCAGUGUUUGCUGCACGUUGGGGAUAGAUCAGCAACUAACCCAGAGUGUUCGACAGAGGGAUCAAGCGCCUUCCACUGAUGUUCUAGCAACCGCACUAAGCGCUAUACUUGGUGCCAUCUGGUUGGAUCUCCAAACCCAGAAUGGAGGCUUUCCGACCAUUGUUGAGCAAACUUAUGCCAUAUUAUGCAAACUGGAGCUCGUUCUAACUCAAGUGGAAAACACUAGUACUCCCUUGACAUCUUUCUCAACGGAUGCCCAGUUGAAUGCCCCACUCUCACACCAUUUUCAGCAGGUGCAGGAUGGUGGUGAUAUCGAAUCGCAUUAUAUAGCUCUUAGCAGCGGGAUGUGGAGCCAGUACAGCGACGAUCUGGCGCAUGACCAGGCUCAGCCGUAUGACACUGUUUUCAUCAAUAAUAACCUCAGUAACUUUGAUUUCGGAACAGACGCCACUGAAAACAUAUGGGACUGCUUCGACCUCCCAGGCAUGUAUGAGAUCGCUGGCGACCCAAAUAUCAUGACUUCAUUGGGAGAAAAAGAUGUGACGGCUGCGAAACGAGGCUCUAUCGACGUGGAGUACGGUAUUCAACCGGUCGCAAAGAUGAGAAAAACCCAAAAGAAGGCCCGCAGUCACCAACAUGAUGGGCGUGAUGAGUCCACACUACAUCAACGUCUUCUUGAAGAGGAAUUAGAAAAGUCAAAUGCGCUCUCGUCUCAGAUUCGAAGUGGCUCGGAAGUACUUCUAGACCAUCCUGGAAUCAGCGCUGUUGAACCAAACAGCCCUCAUCUUCCUAGAUUGCGCUUAUUCUAUUUAACAAUUGGCAGUUCUCAAACCCUUCUGAAUUUCAGAGCCAUGCUCCACACGGCUCGAAACCUGUCGCACAUCUUUUCCUACAUUGUUACAGCUACUCUGCGACCCCGGGAAAUAUACGCCGAGAUCUGUCGACUUGGCAAUCAAGAAGCUCUAUGCGUCUUGCUGCGACGAUACCACGUUAUACAGUUGUUCAAGACAGUACAAGAUAGUCUCUUCCGGGAACAUGGGCUGAUUGUCCAGACCCCAUCAACACACAUCACAGGUCAACGGGCCAUGCCUGGUAAUCCAGUGAACAGGGCUCAAGCGAACUUGACAGAAGAAGUUUUAGGGAUGAUAUUGCCGGGGCCGGCAAAUGGAACUCCGCAAUAUCAGAAGACUCGCAGACAUGUGUCGCAGCUGCGACGGCUCGCCAAUAUACUAACCAUGUGGACCGACCGUUACGGCUUUGGGGUCCUCGCACUACUGCCGUCAGGGUCGAACGAAUCUGAAUUCAACUUCAAUGAUUUCACGUAG